GCUGCCCAGCUGACCUAUUCCCCGCUUGUACUCUUCCCUGCCCCGGCUUCUUUGGCGCAGUCGCAGUGUAGUCUCGCGUGAGCCAGAGAGAAGAGACGUGACUGAGUGCCUCGUAGCCCAGCCAGUGUUGAAGCGAGGGUGGAGGAAGUCCCGCCCUCCCUGGGCGGAAGAGGGCAUUGUUGCGGCCGACGUCAUUCACGGAGGACGCGGGCGUCCCAUUGGGUCGGGCUCUUUGGUCGGAGCGCGGCCGGGAAGGCAGACGGGCAGCCCGGGCCCAUGGCCAGCACUGGCAGCCCCUUGUACGAUGCUGUUCCCAUCCAGUCCAGUGUGGUUUUAUGCUCCUGCCCAUCUCCAUCCAUGGUGAGGAGCCAGGCGGACUCCAGCCCUCCACCUGUUGCUGCUCCCUGUGGCAGCAGGCAGGGUGUAACCAUGGAGAGUACCGCAGCUGAGCCAAGGGCGAGUGCAAAGUCCUUGCAGCAGCCUCUACAGCCCCGAAAGAAGCGCCCGGAGGACUUUAAGUUUGGAAAGAUUCUGGGUGAAGGGUCUUUCUCCACAGUUGUCUUGGCCAGAGAAUUGACUACGUCCAGAGAAUAUGCCAUUAAAAUUCUGGAGAAGCGUCACAUUAUAAAAGAGAACAAGGUCCCCUAUGUGACGAGGGAGAGAGAUAUAAUGUCUCGUCUGGAUCACCCGUUCUUUGUCAAACUCUACUUCACGUUUCAGGACGAUGAAAAGCUCUAUUUUGGCCUUAGUUAUGCUAAAAACGGAGAGCUUCUAAAAUACAUCCGGAAGAUUGGCUCAUUUGAUGAGACAUGUACUAGGUUUUAUACUGCUGAAAUCGUGUCUGCAUUGGAGUACCUGCAUGGAAAGGGAAUUAUUCAUAGGGACCUUAAGCCAGAGAAUAUCUUGCUAAAUGGAGACAUGCACAUUCAGAUUACAGACUUUGGGACAGCAAAAGUCUUGUCUGCAGACAGCAAACAAGCACGGGCAAACUCCUUUGUUGGGACAGCACAGUAUGUGUCUCCAGAGCUGUUAACGGAGAAGUCUGCCUGCAAAAGUUCUGAUCUGUGGGCUCUUGGCUGCAUCAUAUAUCAACUCGUAGCAGGAUUGCCACCAUUCAGAGCCGGAAACGAAUAUCUUAUAUUUCAAAAGAUAAUCAAAUUGGAGUAUGAAUUCCCAGAGAAGUUCUUUCCCAAGGCAAAAGAUCUUGUAGAAAAGCUUUUGGUCCUGGAUGCUGCCAAGCGGUUAGGCUGUGAAGAAAUGGGAGGGUGUGGACCCCUAAAGGCCCACCCCUUCUUCGAUUCUAUUACCUGGGAGAAUCUGCAUCAUCAGACGCCACCCAAGCUUACCGCAUAUCUGCCUGCCAUGUCGGAAGACGAUGAGGAUUGCUAUGGAAAUUAUGACAAUCUCCUGAGUCAGUUUGGCUGCCUGCAAGUUUCCGGCUCAGCCUCUUCUCAGUCGUUGCCUUCCUUGGCAGAGACAUGUGCCCCACAGACCUUGGACAGCAACAACAUAGAGCAAUAUAUUCAUGACCUCGACAACAAUUCCUUUGAGCUGGAUCUCCAGUUCUCUGAAGAAGAGAAAAGGUUGCUGUUGGCAAAACAGGCUGGUGGAAACCCCUGGCACCCGUUUGUAGAAAAUAACUUAAUACUGAAAAUGGGUCCAGUAGACAAGCGGAAGGGGCUUUUUGCUCGCCGGCGUCAGUUGCUGCUCACCGAAGGGCCCCAUUUGUACUACGUGGACCCCGUCAACAAGGUUUUGAAAGGAGAGAUUCCUUGGUCACUGGAACUCCGGCCAGAAGCCAAGAACUUCAAGACCUUUUUUGUUCACACACCUAACAGGACAUACUACCUAAUGGACCCAAGUGGGAAUGCUCAUAAAUGGUGCAAAAAGAUACAUGAGGUUUGGCGACACAGAUACCACCAGAACCCUGCGAAAUGAGGCUGCCCCUCGUGUCCUCCCUCCCUCCCUGCUGCUCGAGCGCCACGUGCUCCCAGCCAGAGGACUCUUCCUAGCCCAGCCUACGUCCAUCUCCAGGGCCAAAACUAGUUCCUUUCCUAAGGAAAAGCCCAACCAGUGGAAUUCAGGGUCGCUUUGCUUGCUUUCGUACUUCUGUUGAGGCUUCCAAACACACCUGUGCACUCUUUGCUGCCGUGAGUGACUACCUUGGCUUUUGCUGCAGACUGUUGACUUCCGUGUAGAUCAGUUAAGCAAAGCCAAUCCAACCCAGUCCAUGCGUACAGCCCAGAUCAUGCAGGGCGGGAUUAUUACUGUGACUUUCUGAUUUAUCAUGCAACUGUGUUUCAUCAGGGAGCUUUGAAAUGUCUCCAUGUGGGAGGCCGCCAUUGUUGCCGCUGCCACUUCCUUCCUUCCUUCUAGUGGGUCUGUUGGUAUGCAGCCCCUGUAGUUGCUGCGAGCAUAUAAUGCCCUUGCAAACCUCUCCAGGCCAUGUCCAGUUGCAGGAUUCUCCACAGAUGGUACUUUGAAUCGCAGAUACACUCCGGCACAGGUGAUAAGAAGGCAAAUUUGAAAGUGACACUUGAAAUCCUGUAAUUCUAAUUUCAGAAAAUUUUAAACAUGGAAUUUUAAUUCGAUGCAUUUACAUGUUUAACCCAGGAGCAUUAAAGUUACCAGCAUGCUUUUAACUAAUACUAACUAAGAGGUUAACUAGUUAGUAUGAAACUGUAUUGAUGUAGUAAAUAGACUCUUCAUCUUUUCAGAAGAGUGGGCGGGGAGCAAGCUGGUUCCUUCCAGGGUGUGACAUGGGUGAAGCAUUGCAGGGGGCUGGCCUGUUGUGCGUGGUGAGCGAAGGACGAGUGAGGGAAAUGCUGUUGUACAACUGAUGACUUGAUUUGUUGUCUCUUUGUAUAAUGAGGUGUACAAAUAUAUUCCUGUCUUGUUCAUUGGCCAAGUGUCAGACCUUUUAGCAACUUUGAAAAUAUUUUACAUGAUUUAAAUAUAUUUAAGCCCCUCCACUAAUCGGACUAAUUGUGUUCAUGUAAAAAUGUUGAUACAAAGGAGGGGAAAGUGUAUGGUACUUGAGUCAUAUCUAUCAAAUGUUUCAUAUCGUUCUUUUGUCCUUUUCCUAUUAAACUGUUAUGGUCAAACAUUUCUUAUAACAUAGCAAA